AUUUUAUUAAGUUUCUCUUCUGCUCCUGUUCUUUUUUCUGUCCGUUUUCUCUCCAGGAAGUAAACGGCAACUAUUUUGGGUUGAGAGAGAGCGAGAGAGAGAGAGAGAAUGUCUGUCUAAAAGAAUGUUGAAUUGUGCGAGGCUGGAAUGCGGGCAUAGUGACGCGAGGCAACUGUGCUGAACUUGGUUUGACCCGCAAUUUUGUGGAGAACCUAUUGUGGCUCCGCGACCACAGUCUGUCUGGCAUCUAAGAGGAAUUUUAGGAAAAACCCUUGGAGGUGAUCCUAAAGUUUUUGCUUUAACAGAGGAAAGGGGUCCUACUGCAAGAAUGACCCUUUUGCCCUUGUGUGUAUGGUAUAUAAUCAUGUAGUGGUGUGCUGCUCGACUGAAGGCUAAACGUGAACAACUUCAUACAUCAAACUUACAGAAAACUAUUGUAAUUAACUGGUAGUAGACAUUGUUUUUCUAUAGCCAAAUAGUUCAUCAAUCGAGAGCUCGCUGGUUACUGAUUUGUAACUCCAACGUGAAGCUUCGAGACCACGGGAAGUCAUUAGCUCGUUCCCAUGGAGGCAGACGUUGCAACUUUUGUUUUGUUUUUUUUUUUCUAACUGAAGACUCAAACUGCCUUUAGUGCUCACUCCCUCCACUGUUCUCUUUUUACAGAGGGUGAGUCAUGUGGCUCAUGUAAAUAGUGAAUGUAACUGGUUUUGGAGGCUCAGGUUGACGGUAUAUUUACUGUACGUAUGGAAACGAACAAAAUGAAGUAAAAAGCCUUUCAUCGCUGUUGCAAUGCUUGCUUUAGGUUGUAUGUUGCUCUGACUGAACGUGUUUGUUACGUCAAGAUUAAUUGUCGGCAUAUCAACUGUCAACUUUUGCUUAAUAAUUGUCACACUUUUCAGCAGAUCUAACUCCUACUAUAAGCAUAAAGAAUAUAUAUAUAUAAGUAUUCAUGUACUUGUAUAUCGGGGUGGACGCACUUUUUUUUUUUUUUUUUUUUUAACCAGUCAAAAUAAUCUCCCUCUUACGAUGAAAAUAGUAGAGAUCGACCGAUAUGAGUUUUUCCAGGACUGAUACCGAUUAUUAGUAGUUCAGGAGGCCGAUAACCGAUAUUUGGAGCAGAUAUUCAUUAGCAGUAAAAGUGUAAAAAUUGGCGUAAAAAUGUUGAAUAAUACAAACACUUAACUUCGUUUAACUGCCUAAAACGUGUUUAUUUAACCAAACAGAAGAAUAGCUCCACAAGAGCAUGGAGUUCCUAGACUCAAAAGCAUCUCUUAGAAGUUAAAUAAAAACCUAAAUAGCUCCCUGAAAUGUUUCCACAGUAAAUAAAGUGACAUUUAUACAGUAUAUAACUUACCUUUUGUUUUAAGUUUAAACACAACAAAAAUCAUAGGUCGUUAACAAGCUCAGCAGCAACUCUUGUAAAGUUCAAUAAAACUUAUAUCAUAGCUCCCUGAAUUUUUUUCAGCCUUUAUCUUAGCGUACUUCCCUGCAACAAAACAAGACUGAAUUGAAUUUCGUACACUCACAAUCACACACACACAGGUUUCUACAGUCACUAACUGUCUCCACAUUGAUAUUACCAGCAGCAUUGUUUCAAGUGUAUCACAGACAUACUGUAUCGGGAGAUACCAGGAGCUAGCAAAGAUGGCGCUUGUGUUUACGCCGCUCUUGACGUUACGUUAUUGUCAUAGUUGUGAGCUGUAGAGUUUUUCAUGUGACUUUCACACAAACACACACUAUCCUCCACAUUACAUACAUUCUCCCCAAUGCUAAUUGCCAAACCGGCCAACUAAUGCUAUGGUACGCUAACCAGCCUCCAACUUGCGUGCUUCCCUCCAAUAAACAAGUGAAUUGAGUUUUUUAGGCGCUCUCUGUGAAUCACACACAUGCUUUUACUAUCACAGACUGUUGAAGGCUGGCGACAUUAUCAGCAGCCUUCUUUCAAGUGAUUCACAGACAUGUUUGGAGGUACUAUGAGCUAGCAGGGCUGCCGCUAAUGUUUACUCUGCUCUUACGUUACUCUGCUGCUCACUGUAACAUUAGUAGUAAUUGCGAGAUGUAGAGCCCUGGGAUGUUUAUUACCAUUGCGAGAGUUUUCCGCGUUUACCUUGAAAUGUAUGUUUGCUCUCAGGACGUUCUGCACACGGGAAAACUUCCCUCUCAGCCGUGUGUGUGUGUGUGUGUGUGAGAGGACCGCCUCCGCUUCAGACUGGCUCGGCCACUAACGCGUGCCGUCUGUGGCUUGCUUAACCAAUCAGAUCGUGCCGUGGGUGGAACAAUGCUGGAGACAGAAGUCGCAGCCGGUAGGAGAGAGCGAGAGGCGCGUCUGAGCCAAAAUAACUGAGUUUUAAAUUGACAUCUUGAUAUCAGCCCGUCGGAUUUAAAUAAAUGAUACGUCAAAAGUCCAAUUAUCGGCCCUGCCAAUAAACGGUCGAGCACCAGAAAGUACUAUACUAUACUAUACUAUACUAGUACAAAGGGGGAGGAGCGAGCCAACAUCUAGUACAUCGUCGCCUCGAUGCAGAAGCAUAAAGCAAGCUUUACUUUUGUAUCUAGACAAUUUAAAGUUCCAAAUUGGUUGUUCGACAAUCAAGUAGGGAUGUCCCGAUCCACAUUUUUUUGGUCGAUCCGUUUUUUGGGUGUUUUUUUUAUGGUCUUGCUGAUUCGAUCCGGUACAGAUCUUUUUUUUGUGAUAAUAAGCUUUUGUUACAAAAUUUGUGUAAUUGAAUAUGGUUAUAGACUAUAUCACAUUUUUUUUAACAAACUCUCUUUGCGCACUAGUUCCCUAGUGUGUUCCCUAGAGCAGCACUUCCCGAGCGAGCAUUAGCAGAGCCAUACAUUUUUCAUUGUGGGUGGCCACGGUGAGACCAUUACUCAGGGGGUGGCAGUAAGUUGAUACCUGAAAUGCCUAGAUGGCCAGUGGGGUGGCUGGAGAGUGACCAAGGGUAGCCACGGCCACCAUUGGCCACCACGUAGCUCCGCACCUGCGUGCAAGCUCCCCGCACAAUGACACAGCAGUCCGGGCACAGUGAGGCGGAACUGCCACUGUAGCUGCGGAGCCGAAUGUCCAACGUGAAACUAACUUCACCACGGUACACCGUGGACAUGUCUGCGUGGUGUUGCGUUUUCUUCUUAUGCGGGUGGCGGAAGUCGGGUGGCAACCAGCUUUGAGGCGCAUUACCUCACUUACCAUGUUGGAGUGUGGCUCAGAGUUCCGAACGGCAACCGGAUAGGCCCAAUCUUGUGGCGGAAGCUGAGAUAAUUUGAUCUUCAAAAUACAGCAGAGUGGCACCCGACAUCCCGACAAUUAAGCUCUAAUUUGUUUAACGUUUUGGUUUUUUUUUUAUUGAAGUAUAUGUAGAAACCGGGUGUGCCUAUGCCGAUCUUUGAUGCUGCUUUGUUAGCAUUGUUUUUAGCAUUCCAAAUCCACAUAUGACUCAAACAUUUUGGUGAUGUAAGGCAACAGUUUGAAAAACGCAUCACUGCCAUCUACAAGAUGUUGAACAACACUAAGUCACAUGCACAGUGGUUGCUCCGCACAAUUUCGGAGGACACUGUUAAACCCUGCUUCUGAUCCAGGUAGCACAUCCAGAAAUUGUAAUCAUUGUGAAACUGGAAUACACCGAUGACAGCAGACAUUAACGCCGCUUACAAGACACGUGUGUUCGACAUUGGCAAAGGUCUGCAUUCUAUUCAAUGCACUUUUUGUCCUGGGAGGAUGGUGCCUGCUUCCCAGGUUCCUGCUCAUCAUGGUGUUUUCUUGUUAGACAAAUGUGCUCUGUGUCUGGCUCCUACACCUCCAGGUGGACUUUGGUCCACAGACACCUGCUUUGUAAUUUGCAGUAGUGUCAUCACAUCUUGGGGAAUCUUGAUGGCACACGUGCAUCUUGCCGGAACAUGUUCAUCACGCUCGUGUGCACACGUGCCUGCCUCUCUUUAGACGGGCCCUGUUGCCCCCCCCCCCCUCCCCCCGCCCCUAAGCUGUACUGCAAUAAUGGAGGAGUUGUAAAGGUCUGGCAAUAAGCCCCUUGCUGAAUUCCCCCUCGACUUCAUCAAGCCCCCCCCCGACACUGUCUGUCUGGCUCUAGCAUCUUAAAGAUAGUUCAUUUUGGUUUGUCACAGAGUAGAGCCUAUUCUUAAACCCUGGUCAGGGCUCCACGUGAUGGCAAUAAUCGUGUUGGUUAUGUAAAUAAUAUGAUGUAUGACCAACCAGACAGUAUGUAACUCGCCCUUAAAUUAAACAAUAACAAAAGCCUCACAGUGUUGUGCUGUGUGCUGAUAUUAUCUGUAAAUGAGUGUUACACAGGGACAUUCAUUUCUUCCCCCAUCUUCAUACACUGGAUUUUUUUACGUACCAUGCGACCAAAGCUGCAACAUACAAUACCAGUCGGAUAUUUGUGGUGCUCUGGGAAAUCGGGCUUCCUCUCGACCUUUGUUACCACACCACCUUGUACUAUUUUGGGUCGUAAAACAACAGCAAAUGACAUGGAAACCUUGAUCUGGUCAAUAUGUAAAACAUAUCUUAUACUCGAAGGCAGCAUUCCUAAAACUCUGCAUAGGGACCCAAACGGCCCUUUUCCUUAUUUAGUUGUAAUAGUCUUGAUUUGACCAUGGGUGUGUUUUGUAUUCGCAUUGGGUGUGUUGUUUGGGUAUGUCAUCGAUCUGCGAAUUGACAUGUUAGCUCCAGUAGUCACACUGGAUGAUAUCUGAUUACGAUCUGAAGAUGUCUGAUUCAAUACGCUGCCAUGACACAUAUUCAAAUUGGCCUGAAAAAUCUGAAUUGUGUCGCUCAAUCCAUGUAGUGUAAAUCCAGCCAUGUUUGAAUCAGAAUUUAGCCUGAAACUCGUGCUUCUUAUCCAGGACGUUAACCAUAACUUCAUCAUUAUGAUUAGUACCAUUAAAUUACCUUAAAUUGUUACUGCUGCUCUAUUUUCCAGCUUUACUGACCGUGAAACAGCAACGCAUUUAGUGUGAUAUAGUACAGGAAAGCGUGGAGAAUGGGCCCGCUGUUCUAUGUAAUUGUUGCACUGUUUAUGGACGAUUGACCUCUUGCUACCAGACCCGAAAAGAUGAACCUUUUAGUCCUUCUGACAGAAAACCGUUGGAGAGCUGGCACUUGCAAGGGCUAGUUUGUCUUAGUCCGAGACAAACAAAGUCGAGAAAAUGGAACAUUGUUAGGUAAUAGGUCAUGGAUAUGAAAGAAGAAGAAGUUACUAAUAUCUUUAUGUUCAGUGUUUGUUGUACAAGUUGUCGACUUUGUUUUAGUAGUUUCUUUAGAUGUUAUUAUGUUAGUAUCCUUGCUAAUACGCAUAACACAGAUAAUAUAAACCACCUUUUUUCAACAAGAGUGGAAAAACAUUGCAUCUAAAACAUCGGUAUGUCCGCACAACAUAAAAAGCAUUUAGCAUGUUAAUACGUGGAGUAAAAUUAAAUGUUCUAUUAUGAGUCAGUUUGAGAAACAGUAAAAGCAUAUAGUGGGUAUAAUAGGGGUGUAACGAUUCAUUCACUACAUCGAUGCAUCGAUUUAUAGUCCUACGAUCCAACUACAUCCAUGUGUGUUUAGCAAGGCAUGUAUCGAGCUAACAGUGUUUAAAAAGGUAAUCAAGUGAUUGAAUCGAUACAAGGAAAUAAAGCAUUGGAUGUAAACACGGCAGGCUUUAUGUGGAUGUGUGUUUUUUAGGCACUUUUAAUAAUGAAGACUCGAUAAAGACGAAAAGGAAAUUCAGUCUGUGUCUGUGACAUCAUCGUCUUCCAGGUAUGUGGUGGUCAUGGGAGUUGUGGUGGGCUUGUGAAAUAAAGUUGAUUCGCCUUUUCUUCUUUUCUUCUAUUUAACUCAUCUGCAUUUAUUUGAAACUCCUUUUAAGUGACUUUUAUGUGGACGAUAUGCAAAGUAAGGACAUUUUGUUUACUGUCCAGUAGCAGUGACGCUUAAUGAAGUUAUCAUCCAGCGCGGCGUGUCCAGGUCAAAACAUAGGCUUACGUACGCGGAAGCAAUAAAUGGCGCUCACUUGCUUGUGUACGAGAGGACUGAGAAGAGAGGAAAGGCUGGGAAGCCGCAAUUUCUGUUGACCGUUUAUUUGUUUUGUCACACAUUUACACUCACAUUUGCUUCUUACACGCUGCACGCUAUCUGCCAUCAUUUCACAUGCAAAGUCUGUUUGCUCUCCAGGUUUGGUCUCAUCAUUAUCAAAACAUAUUACCAUAAACCCACCACACCACGGUUCUGUCCAGCGACUCUGUUAAGCGCGUCAUCAAGACGGAGGACCCAUAUGGACCCUCUCAGCGGCAAAAGGUACAGGGGGCCACAUUACUUGCUAGUUGCUGCACCGUUCUUUCAAAUGGCUGCUCUGAUCAGGAGGAUUAUUAGCACAAAAAAAGCCCCGGCAGCCAUCGGCCCGUAUAGGUGAGAAAGUUUCAAUACCUGAUUGAAGAUGCCGUACCACAUUCAUUUGCUGAGGAAUUUGCAUAAUGUCCCUCACCUUUGGGUGCAAAGUGCAGGUUAGGAUUGCACUUUUUAAAGUAAAUAAUUGAUCGUGGCAAGCUAUACCACCCUCUGUUCAUCCCGAUUUUCUAUUGCAUUUUUAACUCAUUUUUUGUAGUCACUGACAAUUUAUUCUUAAGUAUGUGCAUUAUUAAUCAUUUAUACCUGAUUCCCUUACAAAAAACAACGUGAAUCUAGGAAACUUCAUCUGCACCGGUCAGUAUCCAGGUAUUUAUUUCACAUUUUUGGCUAAAACUUUACUGAAUUGAUUUAAGGUUACUGAAUCGAUUUAAGGUUACUGAAUCGUUUCGCAUCGUAUCGUUCUAAAUGCACCAAAGUCGUUCUUGAAUCGUAUCAGCAACCACGAAUUGUGAUACGAAUCGAAUUAUUAAAAUGGGUCGUUAGACCCCUAGUUUAUGUGUUUAUCAAUUAUAACAUUAUCAUUUAUCAAUGUCCUCUGAUAUCAGCUUCUCAAAUGUGAAUAUUUUAAAAUUUCCUUCAUCAUCCAUGAAAGCAGACAUAUUAUCUUUGUGUUUUAGGCAAAACAAGAUAUUCACACACAUCAGCUUUGACUUUGGAAAACGGUGAUCAAUAUCGAUGCCUCUUUUCGGAUAUGUUGCGGGCCAAACCACUAACUGUUUGUGUUUGUAUUUGGACUUAGGAUUUGUAGUAGUCCAGAAUUGACAGUAUUUGAUGAAGAAAAUAAUUGUUAGUUGCAGCCCUACAGUGAACACAUUCAGUAAUUGCUGAGACAUGGAGAAGGGGUGUUCAAGUGCACAAGUGUAGCCAUAUGAUGUUCUUGAAUGGAAUUUUGGUACGCGUGUUGGAAAUAAACAAACCAUUACCGUUAAACCCUAUCUGUCUCCACCUAGCAGACCUCACAGUCCCCCCCUAGUGUUCAACCCUGCCAUGACAUAAAGAGGAGUUGAGGACCUGAGGACCUGUUAUACCGGAAACACUCGACACCCGGCUGCUUGCACUUAUGAUGUCUCAUGUCUUGCUGUUGUUGUUUUUGCUUGUUUUUGUUUAAAAAAGCCAGCAAACUGUAGCUUGCAGUCCAGAUGCAUUGGUAAACUCGAUUGUCGUCUUUUCACAGCUCGAAAGGGUGGUUAGUCGGGCGUUAUGUAAAUCAGCAGCACAGAGAGGUUUAUUGUGGUCGGCGUAUAAAGCAGCAUCUGCACAAACUGGCACUGUAAAUGUCUCGUUUUGGUUAUAACUGAAUCCUGGUUCUGUGCAACUCUCCAGUUUUGUCUGUACCCUGAUUCCAUCUGUGUGGUCACAGUAGAGUAGGCCAGAUAGCAGAGGGGGUCCGGUGCAAUAAUAAUGCUCUGUUAGGCUUUCAGCAGCUUCUCCAGAGGGAGGGGGGCUGCUGGUAAGCCUCAAAUGCUAUACCGUACCACAUGACUCACAUGAGUAAAAGAUCACUGAUGUUUGUGCUUUGAAUUAGUUGAGAAUGCAAUGCUGCGUGCCGUUUUUGCUUUCAUCUUUCACUUUUCAUGCAUUGGAUCUUUCUGCUAUGGCAAGAACCUCACUGAUUCUGAGCGAUGUCGGAGCCAAGGUCGCAUUUUUCAUUCAUUUUCAGACAUUCCCAUUGAUUUUAUGGCUCAGUUAGAGCUGCGCGAUUACGGCCAAAAUGACAGUCAGGAUCAUUUUGAUCAAUAUUAAACUGCAGAUCAAGACUUUCCGUUCAAAUAUGAAAUUUAAAUUAAAAAUAAAUCAUUAAUAAUAAACUAACUCACUAAAAAUAAAUAUGCCAUUGCAGAGUGAAAUCAUUAAGUGCAAAGAAAUAAAAAAAAAAAAGGCACACAAGGAACCGAAGCUUACAACAGGCCUACAGAGUCAGAUUUUAGGCGAGAAAUACGAGCCUGUCAGCAAUUUAUGGGUUCAGAGAUGUCCGAGGGUGGGUCACUAUUGCCGAAGACUCUGUCCGAGGGAGCAAUUGGUGCAGGUAUGCUCAAAUAUUUUUUGGCCAGUUUUGACAGAUGCGAGUAGACUUGGAAUUCAAAAUACCUGAAGACUAUGGAUGUUGGUCCCUUAUGAGGCUCCAGCUGCUCACCUCCAAAAGCUUCCGUACAUUACGCCUCACUUUCACAGGAGUCCACUGUUGAGCAGUUUGAGGCUGCCACUCACUUGCUAGUUACACAGCUUAAUGAACCCAUAAACGUUUGUUCGCCCCCUGGUGGUUGGCUGACUGUUGGUUGUGAAAGUGCUAGAUUUUAUAUGCAGUGGAGGCUGACGAUCUUCUUUACUCCUUCAAUCCCAGCCAUUUUUCAAAAGACAACCCCUUCUGUAGCGGCCAUUUUAGACGAUUUGGACUGAUCUUUCAAGGCACACAGAAUAUUGUAUUAUAUGGCUAUAGAAACAUGGAACCUACCGAAAGAAAGAUUGGACCCUCGUCUUUCAUCAGUAAAGGUUUGUUUCUACCUUUUUCCGUUCUCUAGUAAUCAGCUGUAGAACAAGUUUCAGGAAAAUAUCAGUUCUUGACUAGAAAAGGGAGAAAAACAGCUUUUUGUGAAAAGAUACAUUUAUAAUACAUACAAGCAUAACUUUCACUUUGACACAAAUCUUUUUUGCAUUUGUGACAGCUCAAACUAUACCAACAUAACACAAAAAGGGCUUGUCUUGCAUUAAAAUAAUUUAUUUACAACAUAUAACACAAUGAACUAUUUACAAUUUUUACAUUUGAAACUGAACUAUGUGUGCGCACGAGUGUGCGUGCGUGUGCUUGCGGUAAAAUUUCCCUAGAAUGCGUAACCUUCUGCACCCUUAGGGCUUCCCCUAGGAUUUUUUUAAGCUGUGGUGGUGGGCUGCAUUGGAGGGCGGACUGCCGCUGCUGUGUCUGAAUUUUUUAUUUUUAUUUGAUUUUUUUAGGACAAAUAGCAAUUUUUGAAUGACUUAUUUAUUAACUUAUUUGUAUAACUUUUUUCAACAACUAGCAGAACAUUGCAAAACUGUUAAUCUAAUGGCAAAGUUGCUGAGAGCACUGCCAACAUUUAAAUUGUACUUUAUUUACAAAACGCAUCUCCACUCAGUGUGCUCAUUUGUCAUUAAAUACGGGUGUUAUGUCUGAAUAGAACAAUGAUAAAAAUACUAAGAGGUGAAGCAAAUACUCUUUGGUCAGCUGGUGAGGUACCUGUUGGAGACCCCUGUGAUAGCGUCACUGUCUAAAGCUGUACAUACUGUUGAACAACUUCGACACGCAACUAGUGUUUUGAAGACCAGCCAUAAGUAUUAGAAUGAUAACGAGAGCAUGAUUGUUAAGUGACACUUUAAAAAGUAAGUUGUGAUGAUGAUCGUAGCUCGUAGCUCGCCCCGGGCAGAAAUAAAACGUGCUAACUGAAUGAGGUAAUUUAAUCGUGUAUGAUCUGUAUGGAUGCUCUUCUUUCCCUCACCAUCCUCUUGUCUUGGUGAGGCUUCUCCUUUUGGAAUAAGUGGAUAAAAAAAAGCCAAAAAUAAAGCAGAAUGUCAGUAUCUCCCAAAUUUUAGUGCAUCCCUCACAUUUUCAUUCACCAUUUUAUUGCCGUAUACUGUAUCUUAUCAAGGACUGUUUUAAGUGGGCAGUAUGUAUUCAGUCAUCCCUUGUUUAUCGUGGUUAAUCGGUUCCAGACCACACCGCGAUAAGCGCAUUUCAACAAUAAGGAAGAAAUUAUUUUCAUAGUUGGAGCAUAGAAAACGUGUUUGACUUUCUAAUUUUUAAUUCUUUUUUUUUAACCAUUAUUAGAACCCUGUAGACAUGAAGUAACAUCACCUUUACACUCCUAUUAUUUUUUCUUUACACUACGUUGCGCAACACUAAUGCGCAGGCUACGAUAUCACUGCAGGGACAUAAAAGACGGCCAUCGCUCAUAGCAUUUAGCAAGCUACCGAACUAACUAAUUAGCCUCCAAUUUAUUUGUUCGUAACUUAAAAGUUUUUCAAACGGAGUGGGGAAGAAGGACAAAGUAAGAAGUCAAAAACUUACCACUUCCGCACGGAAUGGGAGGAGAACUUUUUUCACUCUAUCAUGUCAGACAUGCCGUGGCUGACUUCAUGCAGUGUGAAGGUCAUGUAAUGUAAGGUACUGUAAUGUCUCAUCAAUGUAACGACACCUAGUGACCAGAAUACUACAGUACAUAUAACUUGACUUUUACAGUAGUAUUUGUCGACUACUAAUAGUACAUAGUCAGCCAUGAAACGGCGAUCAUUUUUCAUUAACUCAUUUUUGAAAAACCGUGUUAGAGCGAGGAAUGGGUGUUCCAACUGCGAUGUAGCGAGGGACGACUGUAUACCGUGAUACAAGCUGUGCGUUGACGACUCUGAAGUAGAUCCAAGUUUAAUUUCAAGCGUAUUGUGGAGAAGAUACAGUCCACAGGAGAGGAAAACAAUUACUGAAAUGUGAGGGGGGUAUUCAUUUUUGGAACAUACGGUAUGUUCAGUCUCCUGAGCAGAGCCUAUGUUUUCUUGUGUAAUGGCACCCCCUUGUGGACGUAUUAAGCAAUGGUCCCUAUUGUACAUACGGGUCAUUUUCUCUUUUUUUUCUCAACAUAACGUUAACGUGACUCGUCAGUUGUCUAUUCCUAUCGCUGCUCUCAUUCACUUUUUCUCAGUGAAUACUUCCACUCCUGCCCUUCAUGUUCGGUUUCCAGUUACACUACCCUGUCUUUCCUUGUUCCUACAGCUAAAGCAACGUCUUUUCACAAAAUCCUAUAAAGGCUAAAGAAGAAAGACCUGCCUCUUUCAUCUCCUUUCGGGAACUGUUUAACUGGUUGGCUAGCAAGGCCUGCACAGUGAAAAGACGGCUACUCAGCUAACGGUGAAGAAGACAGCCCUCCAACUACACCGCCAAGAAGAGCUAAGUGGCUAACCCCCUUAUACCCACGUCAUAUUGACCCUUUCACUACCGAUUUAUUAAGGCAACAUGGAAGGAACUAACACAUCUAAAAAUGAAGAUGGGCGAUCUACGAGCUCACAUGCAUCCCGUUCAUCAAGCGGCUCAACAAAAGCUAAUCUUGCCGUUGCCAUAGCAAAAGCAAAAGCCGAAGCGGCACAGGCUAGAGUAGCUCAUUCAAAAAAGGAAAUUGAACUGAAAGUUGAGCAGGCUCGCAUCCAAGCUACUCUUGAUGCACUUAAAGAAGAGAAAGAAAUGGACGCAGCCCUAGCAGAGGCAAACACAUUGCAAGCAGGGUUAAUGGACGUGGCAUCAGAUUUUGAAAAAUUAGAAAUAUGCAGCGAAGCCAACAGUCAAGUUCUUUCAAACAGACAAUAUCGACGCACUGCCGCCUAUGUGUCAGAGCAAUCCAGCUUACACUCAGUGCCACUCAGCAUGUGUGAGCUACCAUUUGUUAUUGACAGAAAUAAAGCUGUUGAAUCAACAAAAUGUAACCCGAAGAACGAGCAAGCUGCCACCUCUACCUGCAAUGUGCCUCAUUACACAUCUCAGGCUCCCUCUCCACAGAAGAGUGGCCCAUCAUCUCCCAUUCAGCAGUUAGUAGAUGGAAUCUCCUACAAACCCAGCUGCCGGAACACUGAUCGGCAGCCACUGAUCCACAUCCAGCAGUCACCGCAUGAGAUGCUCCAUGAAACUAGACAGAGCAAACCUGAAAUCACAAACGAUCUUGCCAGAUAUCUUGCCCGCAGUAGGCUGGUGACCUCGGGGCUCACAACAUAUGACGAGCAGCCACUAAACUACUGGGCCUGGAAAAUCUCUUUCCGAAGUGCGAUCAUCGACUUGGACCUAACUGAGAGGGAAGAACUAAACCUGCUAAGUAAGUACCUUGGAAAGGAGUCAGCCGAGCAGGUGAAAAGAAUAGCAGCAGUAAACGUCAGAAAUCCACCCCUUGGACUGGUGAUGGCAUGGGAACGGCUUGAUGAAACGUUCGGCUCACCUGAGGCCGUCGAGCACGCUCUCUUCAGUAAACUAGAAAGCUUCCCUAGAAUUACCAUGAAGGAUCCACAGAAGCUACGGGAUCUUGCAGAUCUGCUGUCAGAGAUGGAAGCCGCGAAACGAGACGGACAUCUCCCAGGCCUAUCUUACCUGGACACCUCAAGAGGAAUUAAUCCUAUCGUGGAGAAACUCCCACACAACAUACAAGAGAAGUGGAUAUCACUCGGUUCAAAGUACAAGCGUGAACAUCAAGUCAGCUUCCCACCCUUUUCUGUGUUUGUAGACCUCAUCCGUACGGAGGCAAAAACUCGUACAGACCCCAGCUUCAACUUCAGCCAUUACUCUACUGGAGGAAAGAAUGCAUGGGAGAGAUCUCCGAAAACAUCCGUGCAUGUUCACAAGACUCAAGCUUCCCCAGCAGUAGAUGGAGAAGACAACGAAAGUGGUGACCCAAACAAAUAUUGCCCCAUUCACAACAAACCUCAUCCUUUGGCGAAAUGUAGAGGCUUUAGAGAAAGGAGUUUGGAAGAACGUCAACAGCUUCUAAAGGAACACUCCAUCUGCUUCCGAUGCUGCUCCUCCACUCAGCACCUUGCCAGGAACUGCUCAGCCGACAUAAGGUGCUCAGAAUGUGAGAGCAUAAACCAUGUUGCAGCCCUCCACCCUGGACUCUCUGCCCGGAGGUCUAAAAUGUCAACCCCGACUUCAGAGCACUGGGAGGAGGAAGACAAAGUGGAUGUACAGGAUCACAUUUCUAGGCAAGACAUCACUUCAGCUUGCACUCAGGUGUGUGGCGAAGGACUCAGCGCGAGAGCAUGUGCCAAAAUAUGCCUUGUCAACGUUUACCCAACUGGACACAGAGAGAAGUCCAGGAAAAUGUAUGCAGUACUCGACGAACAGAGCAACCGCUCCCUCGUACGCUCUCAGUUUUUUGACCUCUUCAAGGUUUCAGGGUGCUCCUACCCAUACACACUAAAAACGUGCGCUGGGCUUAAAGAGACUGCGGGGAGGAGAGCCAAAGGUUACAUGGUGGAGUCAAUAGAUCAAAGUUUGAGCAUUCCCCUGCCAACGCUUCUCGAGUGCAACCAACUCCCCAACAACCGCUCUGAGAUACCUACUCCAGAUGCAGCCUACCACCACACCCACCUGAAGCGGAUCGCCAACAAAAUACCUCCACUUGAUCCGAAUGCCAACAUACUCCUCUUGCUAGGCAGAGAUAUAUUGAGGGUGCACAAAGUCCGCGACCAGAUCAGCAGUCUAGGCAAUGCUCCAUUCGCCCAAAGGCUGGACCUAGGCUGGGUCAUCAUUGGUGAUGUAUGUCUCCGCGGUGCCCACAGACCAUCUCAGGUGAGCAGCUACAAGACAUGCAUCCUAGAGAAUGGUCGCACAAGCCAUCUGCAGCCAUGCACUAACCAUAUCAGGGUCAAGGAGAAGUUCAGUCACUCAUCUACACCGCAAUACCGACCCGCACCCACCUCCACACUGUUCAGCAGAAACAGCUUGGGACAGAACGUCUUUGCACAAACAGCCAAUGACCAUCACCUCGCACCAUCAUUAGAAGACAUCAGAUUCCUCCAGAUCAUGGACAGUGAGUUCCAUCAAGAUAGCUCCAACAGCUGGGUGGGGCCCUUACCUUUCCGUUCUCCAAGACCACGGCUGCCUGAUAAUAGGAAACAAGCACAAGACCGCCUGCUCUCACUCAGACGCACCCUGGAAAAACGUCCUCAGAUGAAGGCUCACUUUCUAGAGUUCAUGGAGAACCUGUUCAGGAGAGAACAUGCGGAGGCCGCACCGACCCUACGAGACGGACAAGAGCGCUGGUAUCUACCGCUCUUUGGAGUAUACCAUCCCAAAAAGCCUGACAGGAUCCGUGUAGUCUUCGACUCAAGUGCACCAUGUGAAGGGGUGUCACUCAACGACGUCCUGCUCAAAGGCCCCGACCUUAACAACAGUCUGCUGGGCGUACUCAUGAGGUUCAGGAAAGAGCAGGUAGCCAUCACUGCAGACAUCGAGCACAUGUUCCACUGCUUCAUUGUGAGGGAAGACCACAGGGACUUUCUCCGCUUCCUAUGGUUCAGGAACAAUGACCUUAACUCCGACAUUGUGGACUACAGAAUGAGGGUCCACCUUUUUGGCAACAGCCCGUCCCCGGCCGUGGCUGUGUACGGCCUACGGAGAGCUGCCAAAAAAGCAGAAGCGGACUAUGGCAGUGACGCAAGAGAACUGAUCGACCGCGAGUUCUACGUGGAUGAUGCACUCAAGUCCUUCAACACUGAAGAAGAAGCUGUUAGUGUUCUCCGGCGAGCUCAGGAGAUGCUUGCGGCCUCCAACCUCAGACUGCACAAAAUUGCAUCAAAUCGCCCUGCUGUCAUAGAUGCAUUCCCCCCAGAGGACCGCAGCAAGGAUGUCGGAGACUUGGACCUCUUUGUCGAUGACCUACCCGUCCAACGUAGCCUGGGUUUGUCGUGGAAUAUGUGCACAGACUCCUUCACCUUCCAGAUUGCAGAGAGCCAGAAGCCAUUUACUCGCAGAGGGGUGUUGUCCACAGUGAACAGUCUCUAUGAUCCCCUAGGCUUCCUCGCACCUGUCUCUGUUCGAGGAAGACUGAUACUGAGAGCCCUCACCACUCAAGCAGAAGAUUGGGACUCGCCACUUCCAAGAGACAUGGAGACUGAGUGGACCAGCUGGAGAGAGUCUCUCCACGACCUAACAAAAUUACAGAUACCACGCUGCUACACACCCUUCUCCACAGCAGGGGCCCAAACAAGAGAACUCUGUGUCUUUGCAGACGCAUCAGUGAAAGCAGUAGCAGCUGUAGCCUACAUUAGGGUGACAAACAAAGAUGAACAAACUGCGGUUGGCUUCGUGUUCGGCAAGACAAAGCUGGCUCCACAGCCCGAUCUUACUAUUCCCAGGCUCGAACUGUGUGCCGCUGUACUCGCAGUAGAGAUAGCCGAGAUGAUAGUCGCAGAGAUGGACGAGACAUUUGACGACAUAACAUACUAUACUGAUAGCAAAGUUGUACUAGGGUACAUCCACAACCAAUCAAGGAGGUUCUAUGUCUAUGUCCACAAUAGAGUCCAGCGAAUCCUCCAGUCACCAUGCUCUGGCCAGUGGAAGUAUGUUCACACUGACCUCAACCCAGCCGAUAUUGGAUCGAGAUCUGUGACUCCAGCUGUCCUGAACAGCACGAUAUGGUUCACAGGACCCACUUUUCUACAAAAUACUCCAGCAGCUUCAUCAACGCCUUGCGGAGGUUCUUCGCUGUUAGGGGCCCCGUCAAACAAAUACGGUCUGACCGUGGGACCAAUUUCGUCGGUGCCUCUCGAGAACUGAAUAUGGACAAACCAAUUCAGAGCGCCGAUGCAGUAGAGAAAUUCCUCAGCACCCAGAGCUGCUCCUGGGUCUUCAAUACUCCCCACGCGUCUCACACGGGUGGCGCAUGGGAGCGCAUGAUUGGCAUCGCCCGCCGCAUUCUAGACUUCA